AAAAAGGCUGUCAUCGCCACCCCGCAGGAAGAAUGAAUCAUGGGACACCGUUGCUGUGGAUACGACGGUAACGUUGACUUCUUUUGUUGAUGGUGAUGAUGCUCCACGGUGGGUCCACACAGCUCAUCUGCCUCACAGCCAGCAGCGGAGUUCCUCUGCUCACAAGAGGAGCCUCCAAACAGCUGCCUUUCUCCGUCAUUGGUUCCCUGAACGGGGUCCACAUGUUUGGAGGUGGACAGGGCGUCACGCUGUCCUCCUGCCAGACUGCCUGUGGGGGGAGAGUGCUGUGGAGAGUCUUCCACGACAGUGUGGUGCUUAUUGCUGUGAGAAGGGACCAGCAGGCAGGAGGUGCAGGCAGCCAGGAGGAGGAGGUGUGUUUACAGCGCCUUUUGGAGAACGUGUGGAACUGUAUGGUUCUGAUUCUGGGGCGAGACGAGCUGGUCAAUGUGAAGAACGUGGAGCGGCUUAAGAGGGACUUGCGCUCCUGCUUCGGCCUCAUUGAUCAGCUGUUGGAGGAGCGACAGGAUGGCGUUCUGGGUAACUUGACACACUGCGUGGACUCUUUGCUGCCUCCCAGUACAGUUCUUCUUCAGGAGGCGCUGGAGGGAUUCGCACGAGCAGCAGACAGCGAGUUUGGGUGUCUCAUCAUCAGCGGUCGAGUUGUUGUGGCAACUGAGAAAUGGUGGCGCCUGGAUCCGCGUGAAGUGGUGCUACUCUCUGCUUUGAUGCGAGUUCUCUCUGAGUCUAGAUCAGCCUCGUGUGAUUACCCUGUUUUCCUUCCUCUGGGCAGCCCCACUGUGGCUCAUCGCCUGCUCCGCUUCCAGCUCCUCCCAGGGGCAGAUGUUUGUGUACUCUGUGGCCCGACUCCUUCCCUGCACAGAACUGAGACUGAGCUGGUGAGAUGUUUCUGGACACCCCUGGUGGAGACCUUGAGAGACUGUCUAGCUGUUGGAGAACGAUGCCUUCCUGGAUGUGUAUCCCUGCGUACUGAUGUCCUAGCACUACUUCUCAUCAACCGUGAAACUCGUCGGUCAGUCUCCUGUGUGCAGACAUCCACUAAUCACUCACUCACAGACCCUCCUCUUCCCUCCAAGGAGCGUUGCUGGGAGCUGCUGAAGCUCUUCUACAUCUUCAGCACAUCGCGCUACUUCAGCCAGGAUGAUACCUUGUGUGUAUCACCAGAGGAGAAGGCUGUGAGACAAAACACUGAAGACUUUGUCCUUGGAUUUUCCCACCAACCGCUGCAGUGCUAUCUCAUUACACAAGAGUGCAAAAGUUACGCGAUGCAAACACCACAGCACCAGCUCUUCCUGCUCAUCCCACCAUCAGUCCCCACCUUUGCACUGCGUACGGUGGCCACACAGACUCUCACUGACAUAACUACAGCCACUGGUUUUUAACGAAGCAUUUAAUUUCAGUACAAUAUUUAGAUAUUAUUCUAUAUUAUUAUUCUGUGUCUGAGUUAAGAUAACUAU